CAGUUUGGGACGGGUAGUUCCGGCGCGGCGCGCGGCUGCCCGUUGCCGCGGUGCCUUGUGGUCCGCGUAGUUCCGGUGCGGCCGCGGCGGCCGGCGUUGGCGGGCGGGCGGCGAAAGGCCGCGGUUGGCCUUGUGGGAUCUGUAGUUCAGCGGGGCCCCGCGCCCGUUCUCCCCGCUGUCGGGGCCGCCGAGGGCCCCCGGAGGCCGCCUCGCCAUGCCGGGCUUCACCUGCUGCGUGCCGGGCUGCUACAACAACUCGCACCGGGACAAGGCGCUGCACUUCUACACCUUUCCCAAGGACGAAGAGCUACGGCGCCUCUGGCUGAAGAACGUGUCUCGCGCCGGCGUGAGCGGCUGCUUCAGCACCUUCCAGCCCACCACGGGCCACCGCGUCUGCAGCGAGCACUUCCAGGGCGGCCGCAAGUCCUACCUGGUGCGGGUGCCCACCAUUUUCCCACUGCGCGGCGUCAACGAGCGCAAGGCAGCGCGGGCCGCCCGCCGCCCCCGCCCCGCCGCCGCCGCCGCGCAGGGCCCCGGUCCCGCGGCCGCCGAGGCCCCGGCAGGGGGCGCGGCCGAGGACGUGAAGCCCAUCGACCUGACGGUGCAGGUGGAGCUCGGGGCGCCUGCCGGGCCUGGCCCCGGCUCCGGGAGGCUGCCGGCGGCGGCGGGGGAGGAGGGUCCGGCAGAGGGUGGCCCCCCGGAUCACUCGUACUCACUCUCGUCGGGCACCACGUCGGAGGAGCUGCUGCGGAAGCUCAACGAGCAGCGCGACAUCAUCGCGCUGUUGGAAGUGAAGAUGAAGGAGAUGAAGGGCAGCAUCCGCCGCCUGCGCCUGGCCGAGGCCCAGCUCCGCGAGGAGAUCCGCGAGAAGGACCGGCUGCUCCACGCUGCCAGCGCUGGGACCCGCAAGCGCCAUGGCCUCUGAGGGCCAGCACUGCUGGGGCCAGGCUUGGGCUUGGCCUUGCCCUGUGCGAGGUGGCAGGGGGAGGACCUGGCCUGGCCUUUAGUGGAGCUGUCUGGCCCCCAGGGGCCAGGGCCAGCUGCAGGCAGGGGUUGCCCGAUCAGAGUCUCUGCCUCCCUCAUUGCCUCAGGAGAGGCACUAGGACAGUGUGAAGAAGCCAUGGGCUUAGUCACUGCCCCCAGCUCCUUCUGUCCCCCCUGCUGCUGAAAUUGCCCUAAUGCCAGACAAGCCCAUACUGUUGGAUUCUCCAGUAUAGAUGAGGUGGCUGCUGCCAAGAAGAUGACAAGCCCCAUUUUGAAGCCUAUGUCAUCCCAGAGUUAAUGCUGCUGGCAGCUGCCAGUAUCCUCUCUAUGCUGGGUCCAUCAGCAUCCUCUCUGUGCUGGCAGCUGUGGGAAAUGUUUGUUUUGUUUUAGUGUAGAUGGGACCUGUGUUACCACUAAGCAGACAUCUGUUCAUCAGGGUAUCAGUUUUCAGCAAAUAAACUCACUCUGUGUUAAGUGAGGUAGCAGCAACACUACCCCCUGGAGAAGGCACAUGUGAAAAUAUGGUUGGCACUGUACCCUUCAUAGGAAUGAACAACGUUUUGUUUGGCCUCACUCAGCAGAGGCAUGAGGAAAGCUUUAGAAACCCUCUCAGGGUGAUGUUUUUCUUCAGUAAAUUACUGAUGCCAUAAAAGACUGCCAUUUCUAGUGUGAAAGAAUCCCCAAAUUAAAGAGUGCUCUUGUACUAUGUAGUGUUUGCUUUCUCUGCAGUACAUACGUAUCUGUUACAGAUGUCUUGAUGCUCUCAAUACUAGUAAGGAUUAUGGUCUAGUAAAAUGAACCUGGUGGCAUUUGAUGGCUGUAGUUUAUCUCAUUGGCUUAAGAGCUCCCUCUAAUGAAAGAGAGGCUUUGUAGGCUUUGUAACAUACUGGGAUUUAAAUCUUUGUUUUUUAUUCAGAGAACUGGGAUGAAACAGUCAUAAGAAAAGCAAAUUUAUCUGCAGUGGUUGCAAACCCUUGAUGUCUAAUCCUAAACUAGUUGGCAUGAUUAAUAAUCUGUACUUUAGGCAAGACCUCACUGAAAUGUGCUUGCGUGCUCUAAACCAAGAUUUAAGAGUAUCUUAAAAAUCUACCAAUCUACAUGGAAUGAUUGUGUAGUUUUGGUUUCUGGCCAGCAGUAGUCUCUUCACUUUCAGCAACAGUAAACCAAAACAAAGUUGGCUAGAAAGAUGAUUAGGUGAGAGUAACAAGGUUAUUGUUAGUUUGGCCUAAAUAUGUACUUCCAAAUUAGUCAGUGGAACAGACAGCUCAGUACUUUAGAGGAGGAGGAGGAUACCUGGCACACCUGCAUGGCUCUGUCUUGAUGCAUAUAUAGGAGGUACAGUUUAGAUAGUGACAUAUAUUUAAAACAAAAGGCAGUUCACCACAGUGUAUCCAUAAUUACACUAGAGGGAAUGCCCAGAUAUGUUCUGGGUCUCUCUCUCUCUUUUUUUUUUUUUUUUUCUCCUGUAAUCAGAGAGUGUUAGUAGAUCAGGAUGUCAAUUUUACUAAAUUUUAUAUAAGCAUUUUCUAAAUGUUAAAAGUAUCUUUAGUUUGAAAAUAUUGUAAUCUUUGUAACACUGGCUAACAUAAUUUUACAACUGUCCACUGUUGUCUGUAUGACUGAAAAAAAAGGCACAUUGGGAUUUGGUAGUUGGAGAUUUACCUAUUGAUCAUCUCGCCAGUUCAGCUAAAGGCACUGGUUGCCACAGCCUGCUAUGUGAUGCAUGGGUCAUUUCUUUAUUAAUGUGUGUAUUGAGUUGGAUUGUUGACCAUGAGGAUACUACAGAUCUAUUCAUGUACUAAAUACUUCCCGUCAUUUCAUUUUAAUUUAUUUUCUCCAAUUUGAUACAUAGCUCUAACUUCAGCUUUGUGGUGUACUGAUUUUUCUGCAAUUCAAGUAUGCAGCAAGUUUUUUUUUUCCAUAGGGAGAUCAUUAGUAAAUACCUGCUACACCAUCUGAUUUAACAUAUGUAAUUGGUCCAGCAGAUCUAUACUCCCAUCAAGACAAUAGGCAGCACAACUUCUCUCCUCACAAACAAGACCAUUUGUGCAUCCUAGCUUCUUGAGAAUGUGCGUGUUGUAACAGUCAUGGUACUUUUUUUUACCAUUGUGAUGCACUUCAGGAUGUUCAGCCAUUUGCCUGUUGGACUGGUUAACUGCUGGACUGUUCCACUUCUCCAGGUUACACUGAGGUGCUAACAUGCUUAAUUUUAAUAAAGUAUAUUUUGUUUUGUUA